AACACCCCCUGGCCCACGCGGGCCAUGGGUGCGGCUUUUCGGGAGAGAGGCACCCACUGCAGCCCAGGCAAGGAAGGGGACUGGCACGGGGACUUGCACAUCCCACCGGCACCUCGGGCACAGCCAGGCCAGGCGAUAUUUCAGUUCAAAGCCCCAGCCACGAGUCCCACUCAGGGGGGCUCAUCUUCACCCUCCAAACACCCCACUAACCCUGUAGCCCAUCUCCCUUCCUCCACCCAGCACCAAACAACUCCAUCGCUGGUGCCCCAGCCCCACCGGCUCCGGGAGGCUCUCGGGAUACCCCCAGUCACUGUGGCAUGACGUGGGGAGAGGGGACAGGGUAUCGCUGCCGCAGAGUCUUAAUUCCCAGGGCCACAGGGCUGCUGGGGGCAGAUAUCUGACGUCCUGUGGGACAAAUCCUGCAGGGAGCGGGGUCCAGGGCAUCAGCAGGCUGGGAAACCUCCCCUCCCCCUCACUAAAUCCCUUCCCCAGCGCAGGACAGUAGGUUACGGGACUCGACCAGAGGUUGGAUUUAAGGAGAUUACAAUUUCUCCCCCAGGAUAAUCUAGAAAUUCAAUUAAAACUCUCUGUCUCUUGCCCGGGCUGCAGCAGGGCAACGGGGCACCCUGCGCCCCGCAGCCAUGGCCGGGGAGAGCUGGGGAGACCCCCCCGGGCACGCACCAGAGCCUCUCACGGGAUCCACGUGGUGACGUGGCAGCCAAGACGUGGAAGCUUGGGACUUCUCUUCCACCACAACAGAAUUUGGGGGGUGGGAAGGGGUGGGUCAGGGGGAAGCUGGGAGUCGCAAGACCCUUCGCCUUCACUGUGGGCGUGGCUCAGGGAUGACUGCAGGCAGAGUCAACCCUUACAGCAUCGUGUCCUCCGAGGAAGACGGGCUGAGGUUGACCACCAUGCCAGGUAUCAACGGCUUUGGCAACGGGAAAAUCCACACCAGGAGGAAAUGCAGGAACAGGUUUGUAAAGAAGAACGGUCAGUGCAAUGUGGAGUUCACCAACAUGGAUGACAAGCCACAGAGGUACAUUGCAGACAUGUUCACCACGUGCGUUGACAUCCGCUGGAGGUAUAUGCUUUUGCUCUUUUCCCUGGCCUUUCUGGUGUCCUGGUUAUUGUUUGGGCUGAUUUUCUGGCUAAUUGCACUCAUUCACGGAGACCUAGAAAACCCAGGUGGAGAUGAUACCUUCAAGCCUUGUGUUCUGCAGGUCAAUGGCUUUGUGGCUGCUUUUCUGUUCUCCAUUGAGACCCAAACGACUAUUGGUUACGGCUUCCGCUGCGUGACGGAGGAGUGCCCACUUGCUGUCUUCAUGGUGGUGGUUCAGUCCAUCGUGGGGUGUAUAAUUGACUCUUUCAUGAUUGGUGCAAUAAUGGCAAAGAUGGCCAGGCCCAAAAAACGGGCGCAGACAUUACUUUUCAGCCAUAAUGCAGUAGUGGCAAUGAGAGAUGGAAAACUCUGCCUGAUGUGGAGAGUUGGGAACCUCCGGAAAAGCCACAUAGUAGAAGCCCACGUACGAGCUCAGCUAAUUAAGCCCAGGAUCACAGAAGAAGGGGAGUACAUACCGCUCGACCAAAUAGACAUUGACGUGGGGUUUGAUAAAGGCUUGGACCGUAUCUUCUUGGUGUCCCCCAUCACCAUUCUCCACGAGAUCAAUGAAGACAGCCCCUUGUUUGGGAUCAGCCGUCAGGACUUGGAGACAGAUGACUUUGAGAUCGUGGUCAUCCUGGAAGGUAUGGUAGAAGCCACCGCUAUGACGACGCAAGCUCGGAGCUCCUACCUGGCCAGUGAGAUCCUCUGGGGCCACCGCUUCGAGCCUGUCUUGUUCGAGGAGAAAAACCAAUACAAAGUAGACUAUUCCCACUUCCACAAAACCUAUGAGGUCCCGUCCACCCCCCGUUGCAGCGCCAAGGACUUGGUGGAAAACAAAUUCCUGCUGCCCAGCACCAACUCCUUCUGCUACGAGAACGAGCUGGCCUUCAUGAGCCGAGAUGAGGAAGAGGAAGACGAUGACAGUCGGGGUUUGGAGGACCUGAGCCCGGACAACAGGCAUGAGUUCGAUAGGCUUCAAGCCACAAUAGCAUUGGAUCAGAGGUCAUACAGGAGGGAGUCAGAAAUAUGACUCUUGGCCCUUCCAUUGACUUUUCCGAGGGUAUUUUUUUUCCUCCUCUAAUCUCUUCCCCUACAACCCGCUCAAAUUAUGCAGAACAAUGCAAGUGCCAUAGGAAUGCUUGAGAAAUUAGUAUCGUUCUUAGUUUUCAGUUUCAUCGCAAUAACCACUGAGCGGUCUGCAGGAGGGGACGGCGGCAGGCCACGGCGCGUCUCCCGUGCCCGGCGCCCUCAGUGGGGCCGACGGCUCUGUGGGGACGGACGGACAGACGGACGGACGGAGAGAGGAGGGUCCGUGGGGCGUGGGCAGGCGCUCGCCCCAUGCGGCCCCGCGGGGCUUUGCUCCCCCUGCGGGGAAAACGCCAGCGUUUUCUUGGAGCCGAGCACUGCGAGAUCCAAAAAGAGGAAAUAUCAGGAAACAAAUCUUUCUCUCUUUCUUUUUUUUUUUUCCUUUUAUUUUUUAACUGAGCAGCAACAAGAAAAAAAAUUGCUCCUUCCGGCAGGUGGUCUGGUUCAGUUGCACAAGAACAACACUUGAAAUAACAUGCAACAUUAACGUACUUCUUUUUAAUUUGGGAUAAAGGGGGGGGGUGGGGUGGGGAGGGAGGCGAGAGGGUUUUUAAUUUUUUCACCGUACCGUUUGGGAGACUGUUUACCAAAAUAAUAAUAAUAAUAACAAUAAUAAUAAUAAUGAUAAUAAUAAUAAUAAUAUUAAAUCUGAAAGAAGUCAUUCAGUAUUUUUUAAAAAUGAACAAGGGAAUGAAUAAGCCACUGGGGUCCUUUGAGGGGGUGACUCGCUGGGCAGAUACAAGAGCUAGAAGUCAAGACUGCAUCCAGUUUUGGGGUGUUUUCGUUUUUUUCCACUGGCGUGGCUUUGUAGGUAGAAAACAGAUGUAAGUGGCUGGAGGUCUGUGGCAGUGAAAGCAAGUAGCAUAAUUACUAGCAAAGUAGCUAAUAAAGAAAAGAAAAGCCAGACUGUGAUAGAAAGAGGCAUUGUAAACACAGUAAUUAGCCAAUUUCUGGAAAUAUUGAUCUUCAGGAUGGAAAUGGGGUCUGGGGCAUCAGCUGCUGAAGUGCUGGGUCUCUCCCAGCAUCUCUGAUGGGGAAUUCAUAAGUUUCACCAUAACUGGGACAAAAUAAAGCAAAGCACAAAAAGGAGAGUGAAAAGCUCUCAAAUUCGGGUAUUUUUCCACGUUUCCAACCAAUUCGGCAUUUUCUCUCCUUUGAAAAAUCAUUUCAAAUGUGGAAAUCAAUGCAAAAGUCAUCUUGUUGGGUUGCACUUCUUCUGGCACAGGAGCCGUCUCCGUGCCAGGCUGGGAUUUAUGAAUUCCCCGUUCACCGGAGAGCCCUGCUUCAGAGGCAGAUGCUUUUCCGAAAACAACAGAUGCCAGUUGAGAAAACCACCCUGUCUUGUGCUUCAACCCAUCCCCGCGUCCCAGCCUCAAGGUGGAUUGUGCCUUAGAGAUGCAAACUCAUCCCGCGCUCCAGCUCUCCUCCGCAGCACCCCACUCGCCUCCCCUAAGCCCCCCACCCCACCUCACCCCCAGGAUGACUUUGCUCUGCCCCCCCCUUGGCAGCGCCCGCAUCCCACCGUCUGCUGUGUGUUAGGCUGGCCUCGACGGCACGCUGGUUUAGCCUUUGUUACAACACAAGGCUAAACCACCCCGUACGUGGGAAGCCUUUGCUCCUGCCCUUGCUCCCCGCCUUUGCACAGAGGGAAGGAGUCGGGAAGAGGCAGGUUGCACCCCGGCCAUGCUGCUCAUUGGUGCUCCGGGAGCCAAAUUCCGGCUCCCUGCUCCCUGCGGCCACGGGAGAGGCUUUGGUACCCACAGGCAUCCCUCACCUGACCCUGGGCGCAGAGCCCCCGGCAGCACCCUGCUUUGGGGAGAAGGGGUCGAGAGCAGGGUCCCCAGCAGCAUUUCGGCUGUGAUGGGCUCCCGGUGGUUUUGUCCCCGCCGCCUACACCGGGGAAGCCGCGUCCCAGGGUUAACAACUCGCCGUGGCGUGUCCAACCAUCAGUGGCAGAGGCAGGAUUUAGCCUGUGUCCCCAUCCUCAGCUCCUUCCUGCAAAGGGCUCUGGGGAGCUGCUGUCCCAGUGCCUCCCCCCCCCCUCUCCAUGCCCCCGAGCAUCGUGUCUCCCUGACCGGCCGCAGGACAGGGACCGGGACUUUGUCCCCACAGGGUUUCUUCCCACCCUGUUCCCACCUGCUUCCAUCACCUCCACCCCAUGCUGCCCACCAAGAGGCUGCUCUAUUUUUGGCUUUCUCCCCACCCAAAAAAAACAGCCACUGGGAGAAAACAUCCCCUGGGGCAGCUCCGGGAGGGAGCUGGUGCUUCUGCACCGGCUGCCCCAGAGGGGUUGUUCCCCAAAGCGGGGACACGUAGGGACGUGCCAUUGAGCUCCGGUCACGACAUUUGUGUUUCUGAGGCAGUGAACAUGGAUGCCAUCCCAUUGCCGGUCCCAUGGCUCCCGGGGGGGGGGGGAUGGUUUUGCCACCCGCUUUUUGCCCCAUAGCAUCUGGGGGGUGGGAAGGAUGGAGAGGGGGGCAGAGAGAUUUUGUGUGCGCACUACUUAUUUAUUUUUUUAAAAAAACGCUUUUACGUGGUUUUAGGUUCUUUUGAAUAAAUAAUAAUUAUAAAAAAAAAAAAAAAAGGUGCACAUCUUGCUGCUGUAGGGUUCUCAGAGGGUUAAUUUCUUUAUAAAUAUAUAUAUAUCACAGUAAAUAUUUGUAUAAAAACAAAAGAGAAAUAGAGAUGUCUUUAAGUAAAUUAUUGCUUUUAAAGAAACUUCUAUGAUUGUACAGUGUUACCUGGGAGAAUAGAAUAAUAUAUACAGACGUAUUUUUAAACUGCUGCAUAGGAGGAGGUGAACUGGGCUGGGGAGCGCCCGGGGCCAACAAGGCGAGGGGGGGGUUUGGACCCUUCCCAGCCCCUGUUCACACACCCCCUUCCCCAAACCCCACUAGUGAGGAUCUAGCUCUGGCGAGUUGUCAUAUAUAUACUGUAUAGUCCUUGCCCUGGCCAUGGACCACACCAGUACAUAGUGUAUAAUUAUUUUUGCCUACCUGUGAGUGCUCUGAGCUACUGGUCUUUUUUUCCUACCAUCAGGGAGCAUUGGGAAGGCUGCCCAGCAGUAGUUUUAAUCAUCACAUGAACUGUCAAAGAAAGGGGGGGAAAAAAGGAAAAAAAAAAGGUGAAAAAAAGCCAAAAAGUGGUGUUUGUCCAGCACUCAUGUUCUCCGGAGAGGCUGGAAAGGCACAGGGAUGCUCUUGGGGUGUGCGUUUUGGUGUCGGUCACUGCAGGGAUGGAGCGGGAUCCCGGCGGGAAGAGGCUUGGAGCCAAGUGAGGGGACACGUCCACCCCCCAAAACAGCUGCCGGCCAUUUCCCCCGAGCCGCAGCCGCUCCAUCCAUGGAGUUAACUCCGGCGUUACACUUGAUCCUUGGAGGAUGGCAGGAGUCCGAGAAAGGAAAGAGCCGCUAAUCCUCUUGGCCAGCAUCCCGUAGGGAUUGCCCUCAGCCGGGGCUCGGGGCAGCCUCUGGCAGCAGCAGCCGCCCUGGCCGGGGACCUGGGGGGCCGGCCCCGCUGCUGCUCCCACUCGGCUUCACCCCAAAAAGAUACACGGGUGAGAGCAGAAAGCACCCGCAUCCCUGCACCCCAAAACCACCGGCCAGAAAGAGCAUCCUCUGCCCCCAACAGACGCGCGGUGUCCUCGCUCGGCUGGGCGGUGGGUCCCCGGGGCCGGGAGCCGUCGGGAUGAGCCUUAGCUUCUCAUAACCAAAUGUAGUGCACUUAGUCUUUUAGGGCUGGGACAAUCACUUAGCGCUUAACCUUUCGCGAUUCGGUGCCUGCUUGACCUUCAAACCUUUUGUAGAAGAUGAAUUCAGAGCCACCUUUUCUAUCUUUAAUAAGGCAGAACAAAUACGUUUAUUUUUAAACCCUCCUGCUCUUUCCUUUCCUUUUGUGCUGACAACCAAAAGAGUCCCCUCUGUGUGUGUGUGUGUGUGUGUGUGUGUGUGUGUGUGUGUGUGUUCCAUUCCUUGCACGCCGAAACGCGUGUGCGGCAGCCGGGGCCGGUGCUCCAGCUGGAUCCUGCUCUCCCACCCCCCCCAAUUCAGAAAUGCUGCCAUGGGGUGGGGGGUUGGUGCAGGGCAGGAUCCGGCAGGGAGGGGACAUGGGAUGGUGCCCGACCCGAUGCCACCCGUCACCUCGCUGAGCUCCGGCACCCGCCAGCUGUGCACAUCUGUCCUGCUGCCCCCUCCUAGGGGCACCAUCUUUCCUCCAUUCCCUCCCCCCCCACCUUCCCCUUCCCCAAACCCCAUCCCGGUGCUUCCCCAGGCUUGGCCCCACACGGUUUGGGGACUGAGAGCCGGCACCAGUUCACACGGGCAGGUUGGCAACUGGGAGCGCUGGUUUCCCAGGGGUAAAACGCCGAGUCCGUUCACUGGGGCAACGGUGAUGUGCAGCGAUAGAGAAGCUGAUGGAUGCAAUGACAGUAUCUGUAUCUUUUCCACCUCCGGUGUUUCUCUGUCUCAUUGCACAUAUAUUUGAGAUAUAUGUGACAAUGUAUAUAUAUAUUUGUAAAAUGUAUUUCAGAUGACAAAACUGGCCAAUUUUAUGUUAUUUUAAAUAUAUUAUAUAUAUUAUAUAUAAGAGUCUCCAAAAGAUAUAAAUAGACUAGAGAAAAUAAUAUAAA